AUGGCCGGAUACAGCUUAGUGGCCUUCCGAGAUCCCACCCGCGAGGACCGUAAAGCAUAUGAUAGAUAUGAGUACUGUACUCUGUGCAUCAAAACCCGAAACGUCUGUAUUAAACAAGCAGAACGUCCAAAAGCCUUUACCGGUCUGUUGCGCAAGCGGGUGUUGACCAAAUCUACCACCGUCCGGACUGCUCCUAGCAAGGCAAGAAUCAUUCGCAGUCCGCCCCCACGUGUGAUGAAACAAAUAGAGAUUAAUGAUCCAAGACCUUCCAAGCAGCCCUCCGCAAUCCAUUCCACAUCCAAGUCUGCACCCACUUCCACACGCCCUUCCGACAUGACUGUUGACGCUAUUGACCCAUCAGAAUUUACAUUUACGGACACCAAUGACCUCAACAGUGUAAAAGAAAACCAAUCUAGUCUGAAAGCAGGCCCGGCAGAGGCUAACUACACAACAGACCAGUCUAAUGCCGACCUUACGGCUUCGGGCAGCCAUCCACUUAAGCAUCCUGUUUCCGACUUCCCUUAUCAGAGCCAUUCGCGUGCGGAACAGGAGUCUGGCAUGAGUAACUGUUAUUCAGUCAAGGCAUCGGUACUGACCCCAGCUAUGGCAAAAGUAGCCGAUUCUAAUGCCAGAAAAAGCCCAUAUACUUUUGCACUCUCAUCGCCAUGGGCCCCGAAGGAAAUGUUACAGACAGAAGAGCUAAAAAGACGUCUGCAGGCAGAGGCAUUGCGUAGUGCCGACACCGAGGUCACGAUAAGUGAAACGUUUUUGGAAGACGCGCAGGAUGAGAGUGCAACGACCUUGGUAUCGGACGUACGGGGGUGCCGCACAGACUAUUAUAACGCCAGGGCCUUUGGUGAUAAUCCUUUCGCUUCUCCUCUUCCGCAUUCUAGAGCGUCUAGUGGAUUAACCUCACCUCUUUUAGACAAUGGCUCAGUUAUUGGGGGGAAAAACCUAUGUUUCAAGGUUUAUAGACACAAGGGGAAACGACAGAAGUUCAAGAAGAGUGAAGCUAUCUUACGGCCGGCUCAGCGCAGUUUAACCUCCUGUGUGGUCUCUUAG